CCAAUUACCAUUAAAGCCGAAAACAUUCGGAAGAAAGGCGAUUCCAGGCGAUGCGUAUACGUUUUGGCGGAAUUGCAACAUGGAUGAUUUCAAGGUGCCAGUUUUACCAGCCGCACCAGCAGCCAAAAGCGAACAUUUCGACGAUGAUCCGAUGCCGACAGCUGCAAAGCCCAAAACUAGCGGUGGCUGCCCCUACAAAGUGCCAAAAUGGUCUCAGGCGCCUCCCGCCGAACAGGAUUACAGAUUCGAGGUGCUAAAGUCGGGUCAAAUUAUCGAUGAGGUGAAGGAUCUGCAGCAGCAAGCCAUCUGGACCUUCGGCAGGCUGCCCGACAACGAUGUGGCCAUGGCGCAUCCCACAAUAUCGCGAUAUCAUGCUGUGCUCCAGUACAAGCCAAAGGCAGGUCAGGAGGAGGACGACAGCUCGAAGCCAGAUCAGCCCGAGGGCUGGUACAUCUAUGAUCUGGGCAGCACACACGGCACCUUCCUCAAUAAACAGCGCGUGCCGCCGCGCGUUUUUAUACGCAUUCGAGUAGGCCACAUGCUGAAGCUGGGCAGCAGCACCCGCGUCUACAUACUUCAGGGUCCCGGCGAUGAUGAGGAGCCCGAAUCAGAGCUUUCGGUAACAGAGCUACGUGAACAGCGAGAGCAACAAGUGGCCGCAGCUGCUGCUGAAAAGCAGCGCAAGGCACUUGAAGCAGAGGAGCGGGAACGCAAUGAAGGCGCCAGCUGGGGCAUGGGCGAGGACGCGGACGAGGAGACGGACCUAACGCACAAUCCGUACGCGAGCACCAACAACGAGGAGCUCUUCUUUGACGAUCCCAAGCGCACGCUGCGCGGCUUCUUCGAGCGCGAAGGCCUCAAUCUGGAGUACAAAUGCGACGAGUUGUCGCAAGCCUCGUUCGUCUGUCGCGUAGAGCUGCCCAUAGACGACUCCAAUGGCCGGCCCAUUGUAGUGGAGGUCACGCACAAGGGUCGCAAAAAAGAUUGCGUUGUGCAGUGCGCCUUGGAAGCGUGUCGCACGCUCGAUCGGCACGGCGUGCUCCGGCAGGCCAACCAGGAGUCGCAGAAGCGCAAGCACCUGAAACCCGGCGACUCCGAUGACGAGGAUGAGUUCUGGGAUCGCACAGGCGACGUGGCCAGGAAAAAGCAACGGAAGGCAAAUACCAGCGCAGGGGUUACGCUCACCUACGAGGACUUGCUGAAGCAGGAGCUUGAGCUGAAUGCCGAGCUGCAGAAGGUCGAGCAGGAGAUCGGCGCCUACCAGCAGAACGAGAAGCGUCUAAAGGAGCUGGCCGUCCAGCAGCAGAGCGCCGGCGAUGAUCUGGACAAUUUCAUGGAUACGCUCAGCGAAAAUGUCGCGCAGCUGGACAAGACAGAGAUAAAAAAACUGAGGUUGGAGCAGCAAAGGAUAAGGGGUGAGCAGCAGAAAUUGCAGCGCCUCAUAAGGAUUGCCAAGCCCACGGCUUUGCCAUUUGUGACGCCCAAAAACAAGACGUUGGACUCCAAUGUGGCCAAGAAGCAGCUGCCGAUGAUUGGCAAGCGAAAUCAAUUUAGUAAAUUUAAGGUGAUCAAAGCGACGCCGAGCGUGCGAGCCAAGGCAUCCGAGGAGCAGGAGUUCGAAGAGGAGGAGGAGGAGCAGGAUGAAAAGGAAGAGAAGCAGGAGAAGGAGGAGAUGGCAAAGGAAACUGUUGCAAAUCCAGCAGCAAGUGGAGAGGAGUACGCUCAGGAGUUGCAGGAGAUGACAAAGAAAACAGUUGCAAAGCCAGCACCAGGAGAGGUCUCAAAGGAAAUAAAGCCAACGGCUGAGCCGGAAGCGGACAAGAGACAUGUGCCAGUUGCAGCAGCUGAAACAUCAACAGACCUGACUGCACCGGAGGAGGAUGAAAAUGCCGAGGAGGAGGCGGCGGCUCAAAAGAAGCGACGUCAACGUGCGCGUCAGCGCAACAACAAACAGCGCCAGGAUGUGGACAUGGAUCUCAAUGAGCUGGCCGAGCACGAGGAUGGCGACAAGUACGCCAAGUGGGUGCCGCCCACAAAUCAAAGUGGCGAUGGCUUUACGCACCUGAACGAAAAGUUCGGCUACUGAAAAUACAUUUAAUUAGCGCUAA